AUGGAUGCGGAUACUGUUUGUAUGCUGACAGUUAGGAUGGAAACAAGCCGUGAGAGUAGCGAUGGUCUCAAGCAAUAUGUUGGUGGCUUUGAUUUUCCUCUAUUCGUAGAACCUAGUAUCACACACAAAACAUUGCUGCACAAGCUGUGUGAUAGCUAUCCAUGGGGGUGGCAUGAUUACGUUGAGUUGAAGUACUAUGACAGGGAGCAGAAUAAAUGGGUUGCUGUUGUAUGUGAUGAUGAUGCAGCUUUGAUGUUUGGAAAACAUCAAGAUUCAAAGAAAAUAUCUAUGCAAAUUGAGGUUCUUCAAAAAUCCCAAACUCCUAGCACACCUAGCCGUAAUCCACCUACACAACCUUGUUACAGUGAGAGUCAACAUACAGGGAGUCAGGCAUAUGAAUCCACUGACACUAAAGGAGAAGAAGAGAAUAGAGACAUGGGUUUAGUUGAUGAAGAGGAAGAGGAGGAGGACAGACCCAUUGUAGUAUAUGACAAGGAGAAUCCAUUAUUUGCAGAAGGCUCGGUAUUCCCCUCUUUGUUGGACUGCAAGAAUGCACUUUCUACUUUUGCAAUUAAACGUGAAUUUGACUACACAGUCGAAAAGAGUGAUUCUAAGAGGCUGAGAGCAAGUUGUGCAUAUAAGAGGUGUAAGUGGAGAAUUCAUGGAUCUUAUAUGAGGAAUAGCACGAUAUUUCAGAUCAAGGUGUGUCCUUUCUCUCAUACAUGCCCAACUAAGAUGAGAAGUGAGAAGUUCAAGCCGGCAAAGAGCAAGUGGGUUGCUGAUGUUGUGCUGGAUUGGGUGAGAAAGAACCCAGAUAUUGGCCCUACUGCUCUUCAAGAGAAGAUCCAUGAGAAGUAUCACUUAACGGUGCCAUACAUGCGUGUAUCUCGUGGUAAGGACAAAGCAAUGGAUAUGAUUAGUGGAAAAUGGGAAGAUAGCUUCCAUCGUCUCUAUAGUUUCAAGGCUGAGGUGGAGAAGUGUUCUCCUGGUAGUGUAGUGGAAAUAGACAAAGAGACUGUGCAGUACACGAUCAAAGGAAAAGUGAGGGAGAAGGAAUGCUUUAGGAGGGUGUUUGUUUCAUUCAAGGCAUGUUGGCGAGGCUUUUUAAAUGGAUGUCGACCAUACUUGGCCGUAGACUCAACUGCACUAAAUGGGAGAUUCAAAGGGCAACUAGCUUCUGCUUGUGCCAUUGAUGGCCGUAAUUGGCUUUACCCAGUUGCAUAUGGGGUGCUAGAGACAGAAUCAUCUGAAAGUUGGGCUUGGUUUCUUCAAAAUCUGCGUGGGCUUAUUGGGCAUCCUGAAGGACUAGUCAUACACACUGACGCUUGCAAAGGUUUAGAGACAGCAGUAGAACAAGUGUGGCCUGGAGUGGAGCAUAGGGAGUGUAUGAGGCAUCUUGCUACAAAUUUUCGAAAAAAAUUCAAGGGCAAGGUCUAUGAUGAUAAUAUUUGGGCUGCAAGCUUAACUUUCAGCUCUAGAAAGCACAAUUGGCAUAUGAAACAGAUCCUUGCUAAGAAGAGUGUCCAAAAAUAUAUGGCCGAACACCACACAAAGAUAUGGUAUAGAAGCAAGUUCAAUGAAAUCUACAAGGUUGACUACGUCAAUAACAACCUCGCAGAGUCAUUUAAUAGCAAAGUCAGGAAAGUUAAGGCUCUUCUUAUUGUUGACAUGUUGGACAAGAUUAGGCAGAUGAUAAUGGAGAAGUUUGAUCUGCGGAUGAGGAUAGCAUUAGAAAAAUGGCUUGGCCAUCUCAUAAUAUCAACUGUGAAAGACACUGCAUGCCAAAUCCAAAGGGCUGAAGAUGAUGGUAAUUAG